UGAAACACAAAAAAGUUUGACAUCAACGCCAGGUAACCCUUCUUCAAUUCUCUCUCUUCUUCCGUUUCUUCCAUUUACAUACACCCUUUUUAGCCCUUUUGUGUAUACGUAAUCCAUUAUUGAGUCUAUUCGUUGUUUCUCAAAUGUAAUUAGACUUACAUAUAAUAGCUGUAAAAGGGGCAUUAGCUAUCAAAGACCAUGUGGGGUUUAAGCUAUUUGCAAAAUCUGUGGCCUUUUUCUGUAAUAAAACCCGAUGAUUUGAGAAUUUCUGACGGGUUAGUUAGGAAAUUAUCAGUACCCGAAAACACAAAACAGUUUGUUUACGCGAUUCGAGAGCCCGAAUCACAGGCUGUAAUAUACGUAUUGUGUGUUCAGAAUUUAUCUGAGCGGUCUGCUGUAGAUGCCCAGUGUUUAAUUAGAGAAGUUAAGCCUGAGGCUGUAGUCGUCCAAGUGGGUAAUUCAGUAGAUGGUGAUCAAAAAGAGGAACUUUUGUUGAGUAAUAGUGGUAAUUUUGAGGAGGAGGAGGAGGAUUCGGUACCGACUUCAUCGAUUGAGGUGUUGAAGAGGUGUUUUGUGCAUAAAAUUAAUAAGGAUAAGUAUGAGAAUGUUGCGGGGCGGGUUGUUUUGAGGGAGAUAUUUGGUGUUGGGUUUGAUGGGCAUUUAUCUGCUGCUAAGAAAGCAGCUGAAGAAGUUGGUUCGUCUUUCUUGUUGCUCGAGUCACCUUUUGUUAAAUGCAGCGCGUCUAAUGAGUGUUCUAAUGUGGGGGACGAGGGGUACGAGAAUAGGUUUGGAGUGUUUGGUUUAGAGGCUGGUAAUAGUCUGGUUCCUCUAAGAACGGGGUUAUUGGUGUCAGCAAAUUCGCGUGCAUUUUCUGUUACGAAUGAUGUUCAGUCUCAAAUGGUGAGGUUGUUGUCGUCGCAUUUGGUCAAUUCAGGUUCCUUGCUAAAGAUGGGGUCUGAGGAUGUUCCGCUGCAGUUGAAUUAUCAAGUACCACAGUUUGCACAGUCUGUUUAUCCAUUGCUGUCUGAUCUACAUGAUAUCUUUGUUGAUAUUCCCUCAAUAGGAAGAGCUCUAGCUUGUGCUCAGAAGAUGUUUAAUGAUGUUUGCAAUGGAAAUGCUGUUGAUACGAAUCUCCUUUCUGAGGUUUAUGUCUUCAAGAUUGCAGUCGAAGGAUUGAGAAUAGCUUUAAAUAAUGCUGGUCGGCUCCCUCUUAGUAAAAUGGGGUAUCAUACAACUGAAUUUUCUGAGCUUUCUACUGAGGACAAGUCGCACGCCCUUCUUGCACAGGCCCUCCGAACCCAGGCCGAGAAGUUCAAAUCAAUAGUUGCAGUAGUAGAUGCCAGUGGCUUAGCUGGACUAAGGAAGCACUGGAAAAUUAUUAUACCUGAGGAAGUUAAGGAAAUUGUUGAGCAGCUGGUCACUGACUCUGAAAGCGAUGGGGACAACUCGAAUCGAAGUGACAGAAAAGGGUUAUUAGCUGUUAAGCCAGUGGUAGCUGUUGGGGCUGGUGCAACAGCAGUUUUAGGAGCUUCUUCGUUUUCUAAAGUUGUUCCUGCAUCUACAAUAGUGAAGGUUGUUACCUUCAAAGUCCCUGCUUCUCUGAAACUCAUGAUUACUCAAACUCAAAAGGCCCUUGCUCUUGCAUUUGGGAAGUCAAACGUGGUAGCCCCUGGAAUGGCAAGUUCUGGUGUGAAAUCAUCUGUCCUUAAGGCAACUGCCUCAGCGGAGAAAAUUCGUGCCGUGGCUCACGGAGUUAUAGCCUCUGCAGAGAAAACUAGCCUCUCAGCCAUGAGAACGGCUUUCUAUGAAAUUAUGAGGAAACGCCGAGUACGACCAGUUGGCUUUCUGCCAUGGGCUACCUUUGGGUGCAGUGUAGCCACUUGUGCAAGCUUGCUUGUCUAUGGAGAUGGAAUAGAAUGUGCUGCUGAAUCUCUUCCAGCAGCUCCUUCAAUUGCCAGUUUGGGUCGUGGAAUCCAAAGUUUACAUCAGGCUUCUGAGGCAGUGAAACAAACAGAAAACUCCAGGAUACAAAAGUCAAUAGAGUCUCUUGUGUACAGAUUUAAGAAGAUAAGUAUCUCAUAAUGUGUUCAUUUCCUUGGUUAAGUACAUGUUAGUUCAAAAUCGAGCCCUUAAUUUUCCGUGCAAAUAGAUUUUAGCUAAGAGGUGCAAUUUAUGAUACCUGGAUUUUUGUCUGUACACCACAUGCUUGGCAACAAAUUUCAAUUAAUGAGAUGGUUGAGGUUUGGAGGAUUUCUCACCAUGUUGAUUGUAAUCCUAUCAUGGAUUUCUAUCAAAAGCUAGCGUAACAACUUUUACAUUGGGAUCAAAUUUACCAGAUUCUGUAACAUUAAUAAUGCAGUAAUUUGUAUCUAUUAUGAAUUCUGAAAUUUAAUAUCAUUAGUUGAUGCACUAUUAAGUUCCCUUUCUCCUUUUUUCUAAAUUCUAAAUGCUGCCAAUCUUUUACUAAUACUUAAUCAAGUGGAAUUUUUUUUUAACAAGUAAUUCCUUAUUAUCUAUCAGAAAUCUUUUAAAAUCUCUAUGGAACUUUACAACCAAAAUUUCAAGGUGAGGCCUCUGUUAAAGGGUACUUAGGAUCCAAAAUGAUUGCACAAGGCUAUCGUGUUAAGCUUGUUGGGAAAUUUGUGAGCUGAGCUAGACUCUCUGCUGUCAUUCUUCUGUUAUGAAGGGCGCUGAGUGUGGACUCGGGCAAGAACCAAAGUGAGAACAAACGAAACGACUGUGGAUGACAAUAAAAUAAGAAUGAAACAACAGUGGAGGACAAAACAAUGAAUUGAAGACCAAAGGAUUUAUAAAAAUCACAACAGUUCAUAAAGCCUAAAGUCUGAAAGAAAAAGGAUCCCUAAAUAAGGACAUAAUCUAUGGAAGACAUUCUACACCUGGCUCUGGUUGCGUUAAUCCCUCCAGCUAAGAGGAAGUUUGUCCCUUUAGUUUUUUCCAUGAUUGAUUGGAUGGCUAUUGGCCUGUCAAACUUGUCCAAUCUUUCUUUUCUGUUUCAGCGAAAGCAAAACUUCUGGAAUCUUAUAGGUUUUCAAUGUUAAUAAUGAAGCCAUACACUUUGAAGUUGGAGAAAAUACCAGCUUCUCAGUAAGGUUGUCAUGGCAUACUACAUCCAUCGCGUGAACCUCCACAGCCUUCUUCCUUUUGUAAAUUCUGACUGAGGUUCACACUCUCAGUCUCAGAUCACAGAUCAUGAGUAUAUUUAUCUUUAGGUGGAUGGAAACACUAGAAACACAUAAUCUAGAGAAGUGCUGGAAAUGCACCAGCACCAAUGGUCUUCCAUGGACUAUCUUGUGGGAUCAUUGAAACAAUUUUACAGCUUGGAGUCUCGCCUUGGAUAACUAUAGAGAAUUUUGUUUCCUGAUACACCAAAUGUAAUGACCUAAAGCGAGAUCCUGACAUCAUUGAUGCUGAAGCCCGUUCCCGGGGAUUGAAUAACCUUUUGGAAUAUUCUAGCUGUUUCAUACAUAAAGUUCACUUUUACUGAAGAACAGGUUAACAAAAUUUUCUCCUCCAGUAUUAUAAUAUAUAGAAAAUCUAGCAAAGGCAUACUCUCAUAAUCCUGGAAUGACUUCAUUAAGCUGCUUCCUCAUGGCUGGAAAAGUCAAUCUAAGAGCUGGUGAUGUGGUUUCUGCUCUUUAUCAAGGAAAGUUUUGUGCUGUUUUGACCGAAGGUAAAUCUACGUUGCAUGGAUUGAAGGCCAAACUGCUUUUAGCUCCUGGUAAGUGUCUUGAUACAUUGCUUGUCAAACA